AUGGCCGCGAGCAAUUUCGCGAGCACGGCUCAACCUGUUCUCCAAACGCUACAGCAAGGACUCGACGACGCCGUCCAUGUGUGGCGUGUUGACGGGCUGCUGUCCUGGCCCACCGUGUAUCUCAUCACCACGGCAGUCUUGACAUAUUGCACCUACUUGGUAGCGCAGCGAUUGUUCUUUCAUCCAUUGGCUGGCAUUCCCGGCCCCAAGUUUGCUGCCUUGACGUAUUGGUACGAGAUAUACUACGAUGUCUGGAAGGGUGGCCAGUACUUUCGCAAGGUUAAGCAGAUGCACGAAAAAUACGGCCCUAUUGUACGAAUCAACCCCGACGAGGUGCACUUCAACGACCCCGAAUUCAUCGAACCGCUGUACCCAAGCGCCAAGCGCAAGACCAACAAGUCCAUCAUGACAGGCCGCCGCACCGGAACCCCCAACUCUCUCGCCGGAACCGCAGACCAUGACACCCAUCGCCUCCGCCGCAGCACCAUUUCCGGCUUCUUUUCCACGGCCAGCAUCCGUCGCCUCGAGCCCAUCAUGAAGGCAGACAUGCGCAAGCUGCUGUCUCGCAUGCACGAGGCCGGCGAGACGGGCGAGGUGCUCAAGUUUCACUUUGUCCUCAAGGCGUGCGCCUGCGACAUUGUCACCCAGUACGCCUUUGGCACGUCUUUCAACUUUCUCGGCGAAAAGGACUUUGCCGCACCGUACAUCGAGGCCACCGACGUCUUUCACUUCUUCAACCACGCCAUGUGUCAUUUCCCCAUCGUGGGCUACCUGCUCGGCGCAUUGCCCGACUGGCUAAUCAAGUCUGUGUUUCCUGGACUGACUGAAAUGUGGAAUAAAAAGACGAUGUGGCUCGACGAAGUCGAAAAGAUUCGCAGCUCGCCCAACCCCGAACGCAUCAAGAGCACCAUCUUCGAGGGCGUCCUCAGCAGCAAGCUCCCCGAUGAGGAAAAGACGAAUGCGCGUCUCGCGCACGAGGCCCAGCUCGUCGUCUUUGCCGGCCAGGGCACCACCGCCUACACCCUCAGCGCCGCCAUCUACCAGCUGCUCUCCCACCCGGACGAGCUGGCCAAGGUGAAGAAGGAGCUUUCCGACGCCCUCGGCGCCGCCACCGACGACAUUCCCUCGUACUCGCAAGUCGAGAACCUGCCCUACUUUCAGGCUGCCAUCCAGGAGACGCUGCGACUUCACCCGGGCGUCGUGGCCCGCCUGCCGCGCGUUUCGCCCACCGAGCCCAUCGUCUACGAGGACAAGGCCCGCGGUCGCUCGUACGUCGUCCCCGCGGGUGUCACCUACAGCAUGACGGCCCAGAUUGCGCACACAAACGAGGCCGUCUUUGCGGACGCGGACAAGUUUAUCCCGCAGCGAUGGAUUGACAACCCGAGACUGGAUCGCGCCUUUAUUGGCUUUGCAAGAGGCACGCGCAACUGCAUUGGCAUGAACUUUGCCAAGCAGGAACUAUCGAUUAUCCUGGCGACAAUCCUUCUCAAGUACGACUUGUACCGUGGCCAAGAGGGUCCCACGCUUGAACUGUACAACACUACCCGCGAGCGGGAUAUUGAUUGUGUCCGCGACAUGAUUAUUCCUUUCCCUGCGGCUGGAAGUCCUGGUCUUCAGCUCAGAGUUCGAAACUAG